AUGGCUGCGACCGAGUCAUCCUAUUCGACACCCAAGUGGUGGAAAGAAGCUGUGGUCUAUCAGAUCUAUCCAGCAAGCUUCCAGUGCCAGCCUGGAGUGACCUCAGGAUGGGGUACCGUAAAGGGUAUUACUUCACGGCUGGACUACCUGAAGUCCCUGGGCAUUGAUGUGGUCUGGUCGUCACCUAUCCUUAAAUCUCCACAAGCAGACAUGGGUUAUGAUAUCGCCGACUACAAACAGCUUGACGAGAGAUAUGGGACACUAGAGGACAUCGACGAGUUGAUUGCCGAGCUUAAGAAGCGCGACAUGAAACUCAUGAUGGACUUGGUGGUGAAUCAUACCAGUAAUGAGCAUCCGUGGUUUCUCGAGAGUUGCGCAAGUAUCGACAGUCCUAAGCGCAGUUGGUACAUAUGGAAGAAGCCAAAGAGCAUCGGCCCUGAUGGCACACCGGAGCCACCAAACAACUGGGCGCAGAUUCUGGGGGAAGCCAAUUCCGCCUGGACGUAUGACGAGAAAACCGGCGAAUUUUAUUUAAGUCUUUUCACGCCGGAGCAGCCAGACUUGAAUUGGGAAAACCCUGACGUGCGGGCGGCCGUUUGGGAUGUAAUGCAUUUUUGGAUGACUCGAGGCGCAUCUGGUUUUCGAAUGGACGUCAUCAAUCUAAUAUCCAAGGCGCCUGGCUUUCCCGACGCGGAUAUAGUAUUGGAUCCCGGACACAGGUACCAACCUGGAUCCAAAUACUUCGUAAAUGGGCCGAGGCUACACGAAUUCCUACGAGAGAUGUACCGGGAGGUGUUAAGUAAGUACGACACGAUUACAGUCGGCGAAAUGCCCGGAGUUAGCGACGAGAAGGAAGUCCUGCGGAGCGUCGGUGCCAAUUCGGAGGAGUUAAGGAUGAUCUUCAUCUUCGAUCUAGUCGACAUCGACAAGCCGAACGUCAGGAUGGCCCUUAAGCCCUGGGACGUCAAAGAGAUGAAGUCGAUUAUCACGAGGUGGCAGCGGGUGAUGAUAGAUAACGACGGCUGGAAUUCAGUGUUUAUUGAAAACCACGACAAUCCUAGAUCAGUCUCGCGGUAUACUGAUGACAGCGACGAGUGGCGAGAAAAAGGGGUUAAGCUUCUUGCUCUAAUGCAGACCACUCUUGGAGGUACGCUUUUUGUCUACCAGGGCGAGGAGAUCGGCAUCCGCAAUGCUCCUACGACUUGGGACAUUUCCGAGUUUAAGGACAUCGAGACCAUAAACUACUGGAAGAAAUGCGAGAAGCUUUAUGCAGGCGACAAGGAGAAACUCGCCUAUGGCCGCAAGGUAAUCGACAUGAAAGCGCGUGACCAUGCUCGAACUCCUAUGCAGUGGACCUCAGGGGAGAACGCAGGAUUCUGCGACCCGGGUACUAAACCGUGGAUGCGAGUCAUGGACGACUACCAAAAAGUAAAUGUCGAAGUUCAAAUCAAAGCAGACGACCCGAAUGAGUUUUCCGUCUGGCAGUUCUGGCAAUGGGCUCUCAAACAGAGAAAAGAUCACGCGGACGCCUUUGUGUACGGAGACUUCCAGGAGCUGUCGCCCGAGCACCCGGAGGUCUUUGCAUAUAUUCGUGCAAAUGGUAAGGGGGAUCGCUGGCUCGUUGUUCUCAACUUUUCUAAGAAAGAGCUCGAGUGGACAUUACCCUCGGAUUUCGAGGUCGAGUCUUGGACUGCCGGCAAUUAUAGGAAAGGGGCUCCGGAGAAACCGAAGCAGUCGGGUGUGCCUUUGAAGCCUUGGGAGGGCGUAUUGGGGAAGCUGAAAUAGCCCCUGAACUACAUAUUAAAGUUAGGGAUAUAAUAGCCCAUAAAGUUAGGCAGGAUCGAUAGGUAGUUAUCUCUGUACUUGUCCAAGUUACGUGUCAAUUCACUCUACAACGUUCCUUCUGUUAUGUGACAACUAAAGCAAACAAGCAGUCACGUUGACUUAUCUUAGGUACCUAGGUACCUAUACAAUAACAGUCACUAACUGGAAGGUUAUGAAUUGAAAAAAUUGCUGUGAGCUUCAACAAGUUUCCGGAAACUUCGAAGUUGGUCGAGUGGUGACGGCUGCUCUUCCCGUAGGUUGACUCCUGGCCCGCAGACGGGAAGGUAGGAGCAGAGCUUAGAUCAGGGUAGACGCAUGUCCCCUUUGCGGAGCGCCUAUCCGAGUCGCAGGCAGGGAGGAGGCCUAUCGAGAACUUCGCGCAGCCGAGGGUUCGAUGCUGACGAGUGUCGAGCCUUUACG